AUGGUUACGAUGGAUGAAAUCUUCAGUCGUUUGGAAUAUGUCCAGGAUCUUUUCGACGCAACCAAAAUCCGGCUCCGAGACGCCCUGAUCCGACUUCCAAUCACCAAUCAGGAACCCGGGGGAUGUGAAGCUUGGGAUGAACUUGAGCAAAUCCGCAAAGAACUUGAGGCUUGGGCCAUUGAGCUUGUCGAGAUUCAAGUACUCUGUAUGGAUUUCACGGAGUCCCGUAAUGAGAGCCUACGUCUGUUGCGGGAGUGA